UCUGGCUCAGCCCAGCCGUCGCAUACUUCUGCCUAUUCAUUCCUACACCCCGAAAUUGGAGGUCUCGCUGCCCCUACCUUUGAACUCCAUUUCUAGCUUUCUCUUUGAUUCACAACCUCUUAACCUCUCCUUGUCAUCUUCUAUUGUAAUUCACUCCGUCUUGCUCUUCCUCGCACCAUGGCAACUGUCGCUACGGCGAGAAUGAUUCGCGGUCAACCGCCUUCCCCGCCUCAUUCUACUGAUGGAGACCCUGCACCAGAAGUUCAUCGAACCUCCUGUGGCACGCUCCAGCAAGCUUAUGGACAUCACGACCCUUAUAGUUCUAUGUUACAUGGAAAUCGUGCGUCUGGUGAUAUUUCAUACGAACACAGACCACACUCUCUGGAGUACACUCCUCCUUCAUCACAGUACGUCUCUUCCGGGGACUAUCCUCGAUCACUGUCCAUGCAAGCCCCGAUGGCAACAAAUGGCCUUCAGGUUAACACGCCUCCCCCUGCUGCAGACGAGGGCCUAGUUUCAGAAUCGGUACCACGAUGGAGCUCGCCGUCGUCCCAGAGACAGGUGACGAGGGCAAGGGUGGCCAGGUCGCCUAGAGUGCGUCGCAGGAAUAGAAAUAGGAAGGACACAAGAGUUGAGCUCGAAGGCCCUCUGAGUGAAGUGACCAAGCAUUUGACAAACAUCCCUAUUCGAGACAUGGAACGCUGGGUGAACCGGUCAAUAGAAGUUCGUCACCAAGAGGUAGCCAAGAGGAACGGAAAGGUUGCCAGGCCCAUGAACUCUUUCAUGCUUUAUCGAUCGGCAUAUGCGGACCGGACAAAGCAAUGGUUUGCGCAGAACAAUCAUCAAGUGGUUUCCGAAGCAGCGGGUGACAGCUGGAGGCUUGAAUCCCCAGAAAUCCGUCAGAAGUACGAGCUUCUGGCCAAUAUCGAGAAGAGUAACCACCUCAAGGCGCAUCCUGGUUACAAGUUCUCGCCGUCGAAAGAUAAGAAGAAACGAGCUGGGAGCGAAGAUGAGCGUCCCCUGGCCAGCACCCCUGGAUCCACUUCAGCUUUUCUGCAAAACCGUGCCGCGAGCUCUUCGGAAAUUGAUAGUAGUGGCUGGGAAAGUCGGGACUCGACCCCGUUUGACUUUGCUGACCAUGGUUUACAUCUACCUGGGGAUACCUACCUUUCUUCAUCUGCCUGGCAUGCAGCCAACCAUGGGCGGCCGCACCCUGGCAUGAUUCCCUCCUCUGAGCCAUCUCACUACCUCCACCAGACAAUCCAUGCAGGGCUUAUCCCUCACGUAGAGGAUGUCCGAUUCAAGAAGACUGGCUUGCAUGGGAUUCAAUAUGCUACGUCCUCGUCCACUCCACUGGCUGCUCUACCCGGCUCCACACAUCAUGACCUUCUUCAGCCGUCCACCUCGUUGCCCGGUGAUGGACAACUGGAUCCCCAGCUCCUGACCCUGCAGACCGAGCUCCAGAGCCCGAACCAGCUCUUUGGCAGCUCUCACAAUAUGUGGCAAGACUCUUCCAAUGUCAACUGCUACACCUCUCCCUCGUCUUCCUUGGCACCUUAUUCAAUCCCUUAUACCGCGACGACCUACUCACAGGGAAUACACACCCUAGAAACCGACCCUGCUCUUGAUGGUACCAGUGGCGAUUUUGACACCUGGAUCAACCAGCAGGGCACGACAUACUAAUCCUCAUCUCGAACACAGUACCAUGGAACGUUCAAAAUACCCUCCACCAGUUUAUCUGCUAUCACAUACAAGUCUAUCUAAUAUUUUUUCUUCUUUUCUUUUCUUAUGAUUUUCGUCUCGUUUUGUCACCUGGGAUGGACGUUUACUCUUUUGUUUCUUACCCCUCAGAGCGGAGUUAUUGUUGAAGGCGUUUUUUCUUAUUCAUAGGGGCCC